GGUACCGCCUUCUUUAGAUGCCUCGCUUCCUCCCAGAUCUGACAGCGGGCUGAGUGAGAGCUGCGGGCGUUGGAGCAGAGUGUACCUAGAACCCCCAGUGUAACUUCAUAGUACAAAGCUUCCCGGGUGUAUUAAGGUGUGCAGAUCUUAUUUAGUUGCGGUGGACAAUAUUAAAGUUGUAAGGUAAAAUAAGAAGAGGAAGCAGAGGAGGAAGAUGUCUGGAGAGCUGUCGCUCGGUAUAAACAUCAAAGAGGCGCGAUGGGACCAGGGGACCUUCAUGGGCCGAGCCAAGCACUUCUUCACCGUGACCGACCCCAGGAACGUCCUCCUGUCCAGCGAGACCCUGGAGGAUGCACGGGUCACUGUUGAAAAUUACAGGCUGGGAAUAGUGAAGCCCGGCCUGACCGAGGACCAACUGUGGAGGGCCAAGUACAUUUAUGACUCCGCCUUCCACCCAGACACGGGUGAGAAGAUGCUUCUGAUUGGUCGAAUGUCUGCACAGGUGCCCAUGAACAUGACCAUAACAGGCUGCAUGCUGACUUUUUACAGGACGACCCCGGCGGUGGUGUUCUGGCAGUGGGUGAACCAGUCCUUCAACGCCGUGGUGAACUACACCAACCGCAGUGGAGACGCCCCCAUCACCGUCAAUCAGCUGGGUGCUGCCUACGUCAGCGCCACCACUGGAGCUGUGGUCACAGCCCUGGGGCUCAAGUCCCUCACCAAGCACCUGCCUGCCAUCAUUGCUCGAUUCGUCCCCUUCGCCGCUGUGGCAGCAGCCAACUGUAUCAACAUCCCCUUCAUGAGACAGAGGGAGCUGAAGCAUGGCAUACCUGUGACAGACGAGAACGGAAACCGGCUGGGCGAUUCCACCAUUGCCGCCAGGCAGGCGAUCGUCCAGGUGGUGGUGUCUCGGAUCGGCAUGGCGGUGCCGGCCAUGGCUAUCCCUCCUGUCAUCAUGAACGCUCUGGAAAAGAAAGCCUUCAUGAAGCGGUUCCCUGUGCUCAACGCACCUGUCCAGGUGGGGCUGGUGGGAUUCUGCCUGGUGUUUGCCACGCCUCUGUGCUGUGCUCUGUUCCCGCAGAAGAGCUCCAUGAAGGUCAGCAGCCUGGAGCCAGAACUGCAGGAGAGUAUCAGGAAGAACAGCCCUCACACCACCAAGGUGUUCUUCAACAAGGGCCUCUAGGGGCGUGGACUGGGUGGAGCUGGGGAAUGAGAUGGGUGGUGGGGGUGGUCAUGUGAUUUAUAUUACUGCCUAAUCCCUCAAGAGAAUGUAUGGGCGCUAGACCAGGGAGCUGGGGGGUGGGGGAUUCAGAGCUGAGGCGGAGGGGGUGUGGCCCUAAGCCUGACCAAGCACAACCAUGUUGGUUUAUUGGGCACAAUUGUAAAGGACAAAUACCUAUGGACUUAUUAACGCAGGCCUGGAUUCAAUCAACAGUUGCCCUUAACUUUGACUCGCUGCACAAGUAAAUGCAAAUGUUACAGUUUUUCUUCAGAAACUCAGUUUGGUGAGUUAGUUUUACUAAUUUCUUGACUCGCCAGACCACGCGAAGAAAAAUAAUAAUUCUUGCUCUUAAUUGACAGUCAAAGUUAAAAACAAAUGUUGAUUGAAUUCAGGCCUCAGUGUGUCCGCUUCCCAAACCCAGUCCUUAUCCCACUGUUGUGGACUCCCGGUCAUCUUGGGCUAAUGGCAUACUGGAGGCUUGAACCUGCGAUGUUGUGGUUGCUGGGGCCAGCUUGCGUUUGUGGCAAGUACCUUUACUCACUGAACCACGUGAGGAAGGCUUGAAAAGGCUUGGUAAACCAAACACUAUCAGGGUUUUAUACUCUCAUGGAUCAACCUUAGGUGUAGCAGAAUUUAGUAAAGAGAAACCGCUAGUGAGAUGAUGUGUGUGUCACACCUGUAAAGCCACAGAUGUUUUGACUCGGUGUUAGUGAAUCACUCGGAUAGGACUCAUGAAGGAAUAAUAUAGGACUCAAAUUGGACUCUCAUUGGAUUCACAUAAUUCUCAUGUAAUUCAUAUCACUGUAUGAUAUUACCAGGCUAUGCAUAAGCUAUUGGGGCAGUGGUUCUCAGCCCUGGUCCUUCAGUACCUCCGUGUACCUUUCUUACAAUCCCAUAAUUAGCUAAGGUGAAUGAAAAACUAAGGAAACAGAAGCAAGUGUUUCUUUUUUUUUUUUUUUACAGACGUUAACACAUGGUUUGUUUUGGCUGUUUACCAUUCGCUUUAUCUUUGAACUCAAUUUCCACAAAUGGUUCUGUUUUAAUUACCAGAUGUCCACUUUUAGCAUUUAGUCCUUCACUGACUGCAGCUGUAGAUCUACCAACUAAACUGUAAACUCUUCCAUAAAGAAUCUUUGCCACAUCAUAUUGCAGAAAAUAACGGCAUUAGUUAGUGUGAGAAUUGAUCUGACUGAUUGAAUGUCCUGAAACAAGACCUUAAAUUAUUAUUGAAUUCAUACUUUGUUACAGGAAUGUCUUUCUGAAAUGAUGGCCUGCAUUCAAGUCAACUAACUUUUUACUUACAAUUACAAUUAAACAGAAGUAUUACACAUUUUCUUCACAAAUAAAAAAAGUAGUUUUAGUGACAGCUGAAAUGGUCAAACUAUGUUUGAGAUGAAUCUUUUUGUUUUUAAUUGUUAGUCAGCCUUAAGGACAAUUGCUGAUUGAUUCUCAGCCAGUAGUGCCAUUAAGAGGAUAAAUCAUGCCUCAUUAGACAUUAACAGCUUCAAUUAAAAAUAAAUGAACAGCCCUUGAUACUUCAGGAAUUGUAUUAAGGUCUGAAUGAAAACGGCGUACACGUGGAUACGGCAGAACCAGGACUGAGAACCGCAUUCUAAAUGCAUACCAGGGUAAUGGGUUUCUUUCUUCCUUUUGAGGAAAAGGGAAUGUUUAUUCCUUUUUUUUCUUUGUUUUGGUGCAUCCGUGCCAACGAUUGGAUGUGCAUAGUUUUAUUUUUUUCCUCACCCAUACAUUUUCCUUGCCUUAAUGAUGGGUGAUUAUGAAUAGUGCAGUGACUGACACUUUUUUGCACGUCUUGGAAGGACCCUUGUUAUUUUCUUCUUUGCGCUAUUAUGAAGAAUGCAGUAUGUUUCUGUGUGCUUUGGAGGAUUUAAGAGCAACCUUAUUCUGUGUGGUACUGGUCUGGCAUAUCUCCCAGCCUCAUUCCUAUGUUCCCCUGGCAUACGUCCAUGUGGCACUGGGGAAAACAGGCAUUUUCUUAGUUGGUCAACUUCUGAAAAUAUUCGGAGCUUGGUUUUGUCAUUCCAGACACAGUAAACAGUAUGUUACAGCCAUGAUAGUAAUGAGAGAGCAAACAUAAUAUUUCUACGUCCCAGCAGAAAAAACUACUUUUAAGACUGAUAAACAAAGAUUAGUGGAUUGUCAGACUAAGAUCGGAGUACAAGUUACAGUUACAUUUCAGCCACAGUAAACAUGUUACAGCCUUGAUAGUAAUGAGAGAGCAAACAUAAUAUUUCUACGUCCAAACAGAAAAAAACUGCAUAUAAGACUGAUAAACAAAGAUUAGUGGAUUGUCAGACUAAGCUCGGAGUACAAGUUACAGCAGAGAAAGUAGAACAAAAAAAAUGAAUACCAUCGCCAAUGCUACGGUCUACCCCACCUCCAUCUCCCCUUAUGCCAAAUAUAUACGUAUAUGGAGCUUUUAUGUUCAAAAUUUGGUGUUUGUAAUGAUUAUAUAUGUAUUGUAAACGGACCUCUGGUUCUGUUAUCACAGUAACGUUAUUCAGUGUAGUAGAGCAGUGUAGUAGAGCAUUCCAUGGUAAUGUUUAGAACAGUACAGUAAACAGUAAAAAAACAAGGUGUAUUACUUUCUUUGACCACCAGGUGGGAGCAUGCACAGGUUUCUGAAAAAGCAUUUGACCAGGGACUCCCAAACCCCAUCCAGGAGGGACCCGUGUGUGUUGGUUUUUGUUACAGAUAACGUCUUUAUCAAUUAAAGCUGAUAAAGUCAGAACAUUUUUCCUUAAACAUAAGUGAAAAAAUAUAAACUCUUUAUGGAGUCAUUUUCCACAUUUAAGAAAAUAAAAGCAUUUGUUGAUUUGAUUUCAAUGAUUUUAGAAUGUAACAGAAUAGAGUCAAUCCUUCAACAGAUAUUAAGUCUCUAUUUAAGAAUAAUUAACAGCUUGCUACAGUUCAUGGAUUGAAAUUGUGGUUGGAACAAAAAACAGCAAACACAGUGGUUUCUGGGAACCUCUGCUUUAGACCUGUGCAGUUACAAGUAGGAAAUAGCCAUGCGACAUUGUGAAUGUGAGGCAGGAUGUGAAUUGACAAUGAUUUUGAUAUUAAUCCCAGGAGAAAUAUGUGGUUGGAACUACCAAGCGUACACCAAGUCAGUUUCCAAGUCAGACGGUUCUCAAAUGUGAACCAGGCAGACCACACCCACUCUCAAUUUCUCAUUGUUGGAGAUCAGGUGGUAUAACUAGUGGGCUACUGUGGGUUAAAGACACAUGCACACUAUGAACUGGCCUUAGUGCAUUGUUUUAUUUACAGAAUGUGUCAGAGAAACACUUAGUAAUGUUGUCCAACCAAACAUUUUCCCAAAACAUCCAUUUUAUCUCCAGCUUCCUUCUAAGCUUUUUCCAAAACUGCCACUUCUUUAAAAUAUUGAACACAUUGAAAGAUAUGACUGCGCUGCUUUAUGUAUGGGUUACCUGUGGCAUAUUUUACAGGUUAUUGAACGCACACGCACACACACACCCACACAGACUGAAAUUGAAAAACGGUGUUCAGUUGAAUCAUUGUGUUGGUGCUCAGCAAUUAACAGUCAUUUCCUUUUGUAUGUAAGUGGAAGGUUAGUUACAGCUCUUUAAAAUUUAUGAAUCAAAUAAAAUUGAAGUGUAUACAGUU